UCGACCGUUAGUGACGCUGGAGCAGCCGGAGAAGCGUGUACGGACGGUCUGUCGCUCUGCGGGUCGUUUCUCUGACAAUACACCGAAAACCACGUUAGAAUCCUAACCGACCAGAUCAGGAACGAUGGCUGAAGGCGACAACAAAAGCGCAAACCUGCUGGCUCAGGAAACGGCCCAGCUGGAGGAGCAGCUGCAGGGCUGGGGUGAAGUGAUCCUGGCUGGGGACCGAGUCCUGCGCUGGGAGAAGCCGUGGUUCCCUGGAGCCCUGAUGGGCGCCACCACCGUCCUCUUCCUGCUGAUUUACUACUUGGACCCGUCGGUGCUGACUGGACUCUCCUGCACCGUCAUGCUGCUCUGCCUGGCCGACUACCUGGUACCGACUCUGGCUCCCCGAGUGUUCGGCUCCAACAAGUGGACCACCGAGCAGCAGCAGCGUUUCCAUGAGAUCUGCGGUAACCUGGUGAAGACUCAGCGUCGCGUCGUCGGCUGGUGGAAGCGUCUCUGCGCCCUGAAGGAGGAGAAACCCAAAAUGUACUUUGCCUCUGUGAUCAGCAGCCUGCUGGCCGUCGCCUGGAUCGGACAGCAGGUGCACAACCUGUUCCUCACCUACCUGAUAGUGAGCUUCCUGCUGCUGCUGCCGGGCCUCAACCAACACGGCAUCAUCACCAAAUACGCCGGCAUGGCCAAGAGGGAGAUCAACAAGCUGCUGAAGCAGAAGGAGAAGAAGAACGAGUAGACGGACGUCUGGAAACCGAGAGACGAACCGACGACGGGCAACGGAAGGUUGAAGAAAGUUUGAAAGAAGCAGCAGAGCAGAAGCCGAGCGUCCUGCUUUGAUCUCUGAGCGUCACCGUUUGGUUUGUCACACAUCAGAUGAGUUUCAUUUCUCCCACCACCUCGUCACAUUUCAACCCCCACCCAUCAGUUUUUUAUUUUGUUUUAAGUUUGUGGCCGCCAGAUGAAGGUUCUCACAGGGAGAGUUGAACACCGUUAGAUCAGCUGUGCUUUGUUUCAGGUGUCAUGCUUUAAGCCAUUCCCUCCUCUUAGACUACUGAGCAGGUUUUGUAGCGUCAAAGCCUCAUUUUAACCAGAAAUCACUUGUUUUUGUCAACGAGCCUCUUCCUGCUUCUUCUGCUUUGGUUGUGUUUAAGCUUAAUGCUGAAAACAGGAACUGGAUUUAAAGCUCACAGAGGCUCCUCGCUGCUAUUAGCGCUUCGGUUGAACCUCAGCAGCGUUUAUCUCUGUGUAAAUAGGCCUUCCUUUCUGUCCAUUCUACCCUCAUUCUGUCCCUUCAGUCGUCCUUUUCUUCUUAUUUAUGUGUUCUUUCCUCCUCAGUCUCCUCCUUUCUGGUCUUUGAUCUCAUUUCAUUGUUUGUCUUUAUUGGAGAUCUUUACCUAAACCAAUAAAAUUUGAUUUAAAUGGA